AUGGCGGCGGCUGCGGUGCUGCCAGCACCCACGCAGUUCAAAGCGGCUCGAGCCGUGGUGGCAGUAAUGGAGGCGUACCGCGACGCGCGCAUGCAGUUCGUCACGAAAGUCGGCGAACUCGCGGUUUCGCCUCAGAACGCGGAGGCGCUGCUGUCGCUCGGCGCGCUGCAGCUGCUGCUGCCGCUCGCGCAGGACAGCAUGGCGUCCGUGCGAUCCGCUGCGACGCUGUCGCUGGGUCGCCUGGCGAAUGUGUCGCACACGUGGUCGCACCACCUCGUGCAGCGCAACGUGCUGCCGUCGCUCUGCAAGGCGCUCACGUCAGUCCUGCCUUUAAGCACCAAUCGCCACCACAAGCGCGCAGCAGCAUAUCUAGUCAAGGCCGUGUCACGCCACGCUGGCGCUGAGCUGGCAGAGGCGGGAGUGCUGCCAUUGCUGACGGAGUGCCUUCUGGAUGCCAUGCUGGCGGUGAGGGAGACAGCUGCAUGCGCAUUGGGCCACGUAGCAAAGCACAGCGGUGACAUGGCGAUGAGAGUGGUUAAGACGGGUGCAGUGCGGUUGCUGGUGACAUGCCUUCAGGACGAAGCUGUAGCGCGGAUAGCCCUCUCAGUGCUGAGUGACGUGGCACGCCACUCGCUACUGCAUGCUACAGCCGUGGCCGAUGCGGGCGGCAUUACCGCCGCCGUCUCUCUGUUGGGAUCACCUGACGUCAAGACAAGGCGUCAGGUCUGCGUCUGCCUCUCUACCAUCGCCAGGCACUCUGAAUCCCUCGCCCUGCAAGUGUUGGACCAACCCGGAGCAUCUCGCCUGCUGCUCUGCCUGCACGACUCAUCGCCCUCCCUGCGGGCGUCAGCAGCAGCAGCAGUGAGAGAGGUGGCGAGGCAGGGACCAGCAGCAGCGGGCCGGCUGGUGGGAAUGGGGGGCAUUGGGCCGCUGCUGGAUGCUGUGGGAACGUGGAGGGAUGAAGGGGAGGGGGAGGGCAUGACAAAAGGCUCUGCCAAGGUUUCAGUGGUGGUGGCCCUCGGCUUCCUGGCAGCUUCCUCCCCCGAUGCAGCGCUGGCAGUGGUGGCAUCGGACGGCAUAUCCCCGCUGCAGGAUCUCAUAGUGGAGGGCCAUGCUGACGUCACUCUCAAAGGGGCCUGCGCAUGGGCGCUCUCCCAGAUGGCUUCCCAUGGUCCCAGCCACGCCAAGGCAGUGGCAGGCAGUGGGGUGUUGAUCGACAUGGUGACAGCAGCCACCGUUCACCUCCCUGCUCUCGACCCUGCUGCUUCUGCGAAGGCAGAUGGUGCAGCUGUUACAUCCACUGCUUCUGAAGGAAGAGGCUUGGCAGCGGAGGCUCGGCAGCGCUUGGUGCGGGCAGUGAAGGACGUGGUGGUUCGGUUGAAUGACAUUGAAGCUCUUGAUGCGCUGCUGCAGCUUUCACUUACACGUCACCUCACACUUCCCGCUGCUUCCAAACCUCCCCUUCUCCCCUCCCCUUCUCUGCACUGUGUGCUUCCUCUUCUCCCAUUCCCCCUUACUCCUCCCCCUCCCAUCUUCCCCCCUCCCCUCUCCGCCCUCCCUUCCUCCGCCUUCCCCAUGCAGUGGACAAAGCUGCCCCAUGGCAUACUGGAGUCUGUCCUGCAUCGCAUGUCUGUAGUGCUCGCUAAAGACAAUGCCUGCCGACCAGCCUUCCUUGCGUCGAACGGCUUCACCCGUCUGCAGCGCCUGCUACAGCUGGCAGAGGCAAAGAGAGCCGCUGCUACUGCCGACGCCGCCGCAAACGCUGCCGCCUCUGCCGCUGCUGACGGUGCAAAUGCUGAGAGCCCAGGAGACAGGGCGGCGAAAGUGACCCGAUUCGAUCCUGCCUCGGUGCGCUGCAUAGAGGGCGGCGUGGAUUGGGACCUAGUGGAGGACCACGUGUCGUCUAUCAACUCGCUCUUCCCCUUCGAGGUAUCCCGUUUCUACUCUGCAGACUACCAGCAGCACCUCCUACAGAAGCUCUCAGACAGCGUCAAGCCGGAGUGGGCUGCCAUUGCCACAGCAGCUGCUAGCCCCCGAGCCAUGUCGAUCAAGGCUCGGGAGGGCAGGUUCGUGAGGGGCGGGAGAAGGCCGGUUGAUGUGGAGGAGGUGGGGAGAGGGGGGUGGGAGGCUCCGGAUUUGGGGCCGGUGAUGGAGGAGGAGGGUGAGGAGGACGAGGAUGGGGAAGGGGAAGAGGGUGAGGAGGAGGAGAUGGGGGAAGGAGGGUCUAUGUUGGAAGGAGGAGGUUUGGAUGGAGAGGGUGAGAGUGGGGAGGAUGGGAGAUGGGGAGGGGAUGGGGAUGGAGGGGUGAAGCUGAUGCAGGUGCGAGUGGGGAGGGGUGGUGUGGAGCGGAUAGAAGGAGGGAGGGAGGAAGUUGGAGGUGGAACAAGUGAAAUGGGAGGAGGAGGGGAGGGGCAAGGAGGGGUGACUGAAGGGGAGGGAAGAGGGAUGGACGGGGAUGGUUCUAGUGUGCAAAAGCACCAGAGUAUGCUGACCAGUGAUGAGAGAUGUGGGGCUGGUGAGGAGAAGAGGGGCGAUGCAGCAAUGAUACUAGAUGGCAGCACUCCCCCUGAGGUAGGGGAUGGUGGCAGUUUGGUGGUGGAGAAUGUGCGAGUGGAGGAUGGUGGUAGUGGGGAGGAGAUGAAGGAUCGAAUGGACAUAAUAUCGGCGAUUGAGUUCGAUCGUAGCGGCGAGCACCUGGCGACGGGCGACAGAGGCGGGCGAGUGGUGCUGUUUGACCGCAUUGACCUGCGCGACGCGCGGGGUCGGCGGGAGAUGGAAGCGAGCGACUACCCCCCCGCCGCGCACCAGCAGAUCGACUACCGCUACUCCACUGAGUUCCAGAGCCACGAGCCCGAGUUCGACUACCUCAAGUCGCUGGAGAUAGAGGAAAAAAUCAACAAGAUCCGGUGGGUCAACUCCUCCCAGGGCGCGCUCUACGUGCUCUCCACCAACGACAAAACCAUCAAGCUCUGGCGCGUCACCGAGCGCCGCGUCAAGGCCGUCUCGCAGUUCAACUGCCCGCCCCGCACAGCCGCAGACUACCUCGACUCCGCCAAUGCCCCAGCAGACCCAGCAGCAGCAGCGGAUGCGGUCCCAGCGCCGCCGGUUUCAGUGCCUGGAGGGGCGCAGAUUAAUCCGCGGUAUCUGCCGCGUCCCGGGUCGCUGUCUGCUGCUUCGGUUACGGCGAGAGCGGUGGCUGCUGGUGCUGGAGCAGUGCUGAACGGUGUGGGCGAGGGCAUGGAGCUGGACUUUCCUCCUGGAGGGUUUCCCCAACUGCGCCUGCCUGCUGUGGUGUCAACCAACGAGACAACGUUGGUGGCGCGGUGCCGCCGUGUCUUCUCCAACGCGCAUGCCUACCACAUAAACUCCAUCUCCUGCAACAGCGAUCGUGAGACGUUCAUAUCAGCGGACGACCUGAGGGUGAACCUGUGGAACCUGGAGAACAACUCGCAGAGCUUCAAUGUGGUGGACAUCAAACCCGCUAACAUGGAGGACCUCACAGAGGUGAUAACGUGUGCGGAGUUCCACCCCACGCACUGCCACUCGCUCGCCUACUCCACCUCCAAGGGCACCAUUCGCCUCAUCGACAUGCGCCAGUCCGCCCUCUGCGACCAACACUCCAAGCUCUUUGAGGAGCAGGAGCCUCCCGGCAACCGCUCUUUCUUCUCAGAGAUCAUCGCGUCCAUCAGCGAUGUCAAGUUCUCCAACGACGGCCGCUACAUCUUCUCCCGUGAUUACAUGACCGUCAAGCUGUGGGACAUUCACAUGGAAGCGCAACCGCUGGGAACGUUCAAAGUGCAUGAGUUUCUGCGACCCAAGCUGUGCGACCUGUACGAGAACGACUGCAUAUUCGACAAGUUUGAGUGCACGCCGAGUGGGGACGGGCUGCGAUGCGCAUCUGGAUCCUACAGCAAUCUGUUCCGGGUGUUUGGAGUGGUGCCAGGGAGUGACGAGGCCUCACUGCUCGAGUCCUCCAAAACACCAAACAGGCGCAUGGUGCAGACACCAGCCAAGGGAGGGGGCAGGGCAGGGGCACGCGGCCGGAGGGAUGCAAGAAGAGAAGCGGUGGAUUCCAUGGAUCCCAACGGCAUGCAGCAUGACUUCUCCUCAAAGCUGUUGCACCUUGCGUGGCAUCCCAAGGCCAACCUCAUUGCCUGUGCCGCCUCCAACUCCCUCUACAUGCCCUGCCCCGCCCCCCUUUUCGCCUCCCCCUCGUCCCCCUUCUCCUCCUCCCCGGCCCCCUCCCCCUCCCAGUCCUCCCCCGCCUCCUCCGCGCCCUCCGCCUCCUUCUCCGCCUCCGAAUCCUCCCCCGCCGUCUCCCCCUCCCAGACCUCCCCCCAGCCCUCCGCCCAAACCACCGCCUCCUCCGCCAUCUCCCCCUCGCCCCCCGCCUCCUCCGCGCCCUCCGCCCUCUCCACCUCCUUCUCCGCCCCCAAAUCCUCCCCCACCUUCUCCCCCUCCCAGACCUCCUCCCAGCCCUCCGCCCAAACCACCGCCUCCUCCGCCAUCUCCCCCUCGCCCCCCGCCUCCUCCGCGCCCUCCACCACAACCUCCGCCUACUCCCCCUCCUUCCCAGCCUCCGAAACCACCCCCUUCCCCUCCCCCGUCUCCCAACCCCCCUUCUCCGACCCCCAAAUCCGCCCCUCCGCGCAUCCCGCAGCUUCCGCCGCCUUCUCUCCCCCCGUCUGA